UCGGCGGCCAAGCCGGGCGUCGUCGCGUGGACUGCGUGCAUUCGAAAAAUGGCCGACAGCGGGGAUGGUGUGAACAGCACGUCGUCCGGGAAAGAGCCAAGGAGUACCCUCACCGAUGGCCCUGUCACCGAUCCAGCGUCCAGCAUGAAGAGCCUAGAGGCAUCAAAUAAUGCCUUUCACGGCGCGAGAACAAAAUUAGACUCGAAAUCCGGGGCAUUGAAGAAGUCCAGCCGCUACCGAAGCCGCUCCCUGUCAGCCAGCAGCACCGACAGUUACAGUUCCGCCUCUUAUACAGGAAGCUCGUCCGAGGAGGAUGACAUCUCUCCACGCGAGAAGAUCCAAAAGACGGAUAAGGGCUUCACGGAUUUCUGCGUGCGUAAUAUCAAUCAGCACGCCUUCGGUCGCAGGGAAAUUGAGAUCGCCGAGCAGGAGAUGCCGGGAAUCAUGGCGCUGCGAAAACGCGCGGGGGACGACAAGCCGUUGAAAAAUGCCAAAAUCGUGGGAUGUACUCAUAUCAACGCGCAGACCGCUGUUCUGAUUGAGACCCUAGUGGAACUAGGCGCGCAGGUGCGAUGGGCGGCGUGUAACAUUUACUCUACGCAGAACGAGGUGGCCGCGGCGUUGGCGUAUGCCGGGUACCCGGUAUUUGCGUGGCGCGGCGAGACCGAGGAGGAUUUCUGGUGGUGCAUCGACAAAUGUGUCGCCGCCGAGAAUUGGCAGCCUAAUAUGAUACUGGACGACGGCGGUGAUGCCACUCACUUGAUGCUCAAGAAAUACAAUGCUAUGUUCAAGAUGAUCCAAGGAAUUGUCGAGGAGAGCGUGACGGGUGUACAUAGAUUAUAUCAAUUGUCGAAGGCAGGGAAAUUGUCUGUUCCCGCGAUGAAUGUGAAUGACAGUGUAACUAAAACGAAAUUCGAUAAUCUCUACAGUUGCCGCGAGAGUAUAAUCGACAGCUUGAAAAGAUCUACCGAUAUUAUGUUUGGUGGGAAGCAAGUUGUAAUAUGCGGUUACGGAGAGGUUGGCAAGGGAUGCUGUCAGGCCCUCAAGGGCUUAGGUUGCAUCGUGUAUAUCACCGAGAUCGAUCCUAUAUGCGCUUUGCAGGCUAGCAUGGACGGCUUCAGAGUGAUGAAGCUCAAUGAAGUCAUUCGAAAUGUAGACAUUGUUAUUACAGCGACGGGCAAUAAAAAUGUGGUCACGCGCGAGCACAUGGACAAGAUGAAGAAUGGAUGCGUCGUGUGCAACAUGGGCCACAGCAACACGGAGAUAGACGUCAACAGUUUACGUACGCCCGAUUUGACUUGGGAAAAAGUGAGGUCACAGGUAGACCAUGUUAUUUGGCCGGAUGGCAAGCGCAUUGUUCUACUGGCUGAGGGACGCUUGGUGAAUCUGUCGUGCUCGAGUAUUCCAUCUUUUGUGGUGUCAAUUACUGCUGCUACCCAAGCAUUAGCCCUCAUCGAGCUGUUUAAUGCGCCACCAGGACGAUACAAGAGCGACGUUUAUUUGUUGCCGAAGAAAAUGGAUGAAUAUGUCGCAUCGCUACAUUUACCCACGUUCGACGCACAUUUAACGGAACUGACGGAUGAACAGGCAAAGUAUAUGGGUCUCAAUAAGGCAGGUCCGUUCAAGCCUAACUACUAUCGCUACUAAAAAACCAUUGGACGAGUAAUGUGGCAUUGACUAGCACGUACGACACUCACUCAGCAUUAUACACCUUCACAAAGAUGUAAAAAAAAAACACCUUUUCUGGACUUUGCGCCAAAGUCAGCUUUCUUUUUUCUCAUUGACGUCUUUUCCGUAAAAUCGAUAAAAGGCUUUUAUUUAUGGUACAACCUUCGUAGAAAGAGAGAGAUCCGCACUACGUAAUUCCGCUGUAUUAUCGCUAAUCAUCCGCAAAGAAUGCGUUAAUAAUGUUAUAGUGAACACACUGAUCUCGCAGUUAUCCAAUAAUCAAUAUUAUUAGAACCAUUACCAGAACUGGGUCCAUGAAAUGCAUUCGAGAAGACAUAAGUUAUUCUCAGGAUUAAGAAGUACCGCAUUACUUGUAAUACCGCUGUACUUACUUUUUUGUGUGAAAAUAUCAAUUUUACUGCUAAGAAAAACUUAUUAUUCAAUUUAGUUUUUUUUUUAGCAAACAAUAUUUUUAAAUAAUAAUAGUUUAAAUAUAUCUCCAUCAUAAUUUAUAGAAAACUUAUUACUACACAUGUAUUUCAUACAUAAAUUCAGAAAGAUUUUUUACUUUAUCAAAAAGAAUAUAAAAUUUUUUGAAGAAAAUUCAGAGUAACAAGCAAAUCAAUUUUUUACUUUACUUUAUAAUAUAUAAUUUUUAAGACUAAAGUAUUAAAUUACUAAGAUUUAGAAUUUUAAAUUUAAUGCUUUUUCAGUGGAUAACAAGUUACUUUGUAGCAUAAAUAACGAUAAUGCGUUACUUCUUAAAAAUAACUUUCUUAGCCCUGGUUAUAUUAUAUAUAUUCCGAAUAACAUAUCAAAAAUAUUUUUUUUUCUCUAACAUGUACCUCUAAUUCUGGAACACAUAACUGAAUUUAUAUUUAACUCUGGUAACAGUUUCCUUUGUUUCGAGAAUGUGCGAGUGUAGAACCUGCAUUUGUCAAGCUAAAUAGAGAGAGAGAGAGAGAGAGAGAGAGAGAGAGAGAGAGAGAGAGAGAGAGAGAGAGAGAGUGUGUGUGUGUGUGUGUGUGUGUGUGUGUAUGUGUGAGAGGAAAAAGAUAAACUCUCUUAAAAGUUGCUGAACUGUGCACGCCAAUAAACCCAUACGUGAAGAAUCAUCGUUGAAGAAUUAUAGAUAUAAAUGCGAGUCAUGUAUAGUACAGUUUGCAAAGCCGAAGCGAUAAUUGAAAUUGUAUCUGUCCAUUAGUUACUACCUGCAGUAAGUUACAGCUUUAUAGUUUGUAAAUGAUGCAAACGUUUUAAUAUAGCAUUGUGAGAAACUUGUAUACGUAUGCUCUUUGUACAAGGAUUUGCGCAGAGUAUGAAAGAAGGACCAAAGCGUUGGAAGAGUGAGUAUUUGAUCGAUUCAACGUUUUCUUCUGAAUGAAAUUUUUUUUCACAGUUAACAACGUUGCAUCCUUAAAUCUUUCUUUUAACGUUCUGCGUGAAACGUACGUUUUUACAUACGUAUAUGAGCUUAACGAUUUUUUUUAGCGCGUGCAGAUGAUGCAUGUUAGUCAAUGAUAUUGUUGUAUCCUUAUAUACGAAAAUUGUAUGCGCGGACGCGUUUGCCAUGAUGCAUCAUCGCGACUGUUUAUACACAUCAGCUGUUUUCCGCAAGACACGGAAAUCUGCCGCAUUUCGCAGGUGACUAAUGCAAAAUUCGUGUACAUAAUUAUUUAAGAAGGAAGGACACGUGAUACACGAAAUAAAGCGAUAAGCUCUAUCGUGGAUUGCAGCCUGUUAAUCUCUGGUUAUCAUUGUUACUCCCGUGCACGGCACGAGGAAUGAUUUGCGUAUCCAUACGUUUUAGGAAAAAAAUAAAAUAAUAAAUGCCUACCACAUUUAGAA